AUGCUGUUGGACUGUGCUGCGACAUUGGAUCUCUCUUGUCUGGGCUAUCGGGCUGCAGAUGGCAAAGCAGGUCUGCGGCGUCUGAUGAUUGUUGUUAUCAUUGUUCCAUAUUCGGGUGCAGAAACACGACUCUCGCUGAUUAGAUGCGCACAGCCAGGGCUGGUCUGUGGAGAUGUUUCUCGAAGCCGCUGCCGUCGAAGUGGCGUCUGUGGAUUCAAGCUACACUAA